AUGGACCGAGAACAGAGAAUAGGAAGUCUAAAAUGUCGAGUUUGUUUCGUCACAUUCCAAUCAAAUAUACAUCAACUGAGCGAUCCAGUGGACGUAUAUCAUGAAUGGAUUGACGCAUCAGAAGAUACACGGCAAGAACAACGACCUGGAUCAAAACGGCCGAAUAAUCGAAUGCCAGGCGAGGCCGUUAUCGUGGUGGCGGUGGCGGUAGUUUUCGAAAUACCUCUGAACAGCAUUUCGAUGACUAUGAUGAGGAUGAUUUUAAUUAAAAAUCAGUUUAUGAACUCACUCAGCAUUGUAAAUUAA